GAACGUUUUCCGUUUUUCAAUACUGAUUAGAUGCCAAUUAAGCAUGACUAAUCUGCAAGGUUUAAAGGCUAUUUCGCUUUCCGGUGUGCGUCACAGAAAUUCCAGACUCUGGGUUGGGUAAGCCAUUUUGAAUCAUCAUUUCAGUGAAACAGCAGAGUGGAGAAGUGACUUUUUUUUUUUUACAUCUUUACACCAAACAUUUCAGCUGCCUACACGCUGUCAGUGACACCCUGACCUCUGGGGAGAAACGUCGUCUUCUACCAAAUCAAACAUUUCUGCUAUUUUGAGCAUAAUUUUUUUAAAUAAUUGGUGUAAAAUCUACAUCAUGGAGACCUAAACACCACCAUGAGGGAUGUCCUUCAGGAAGAAAGCCCUUAUUUAUUACACCCAAGGAGCAAAGUUCUAAGCUGUUGCCAUUACUCGGGGUUAAAGAUUAGAUCUACUCAUGAUCCUUUUUUCAAAUGCGUCAGUGAUCCUGGGUGAAUACAGAUUGAGAAACUGAACGACCAUUUUUUUAUCUUUUUCUUUUACAUUAUGAUUGUGUUCACACACUUAUUUGAUCAUCUUGUAAGGAUUUUAGUUCAGUUUUAGGUGGCGUGCUUGUGUCGGUGUCUUGUCAGAUCACAGAACGAGGAGGCAGCAGUGUAAUGAGCUAGCCCACCACGGUGGAGAGCUUGAGCUUUUCAGAUUCAGUAGUGCUACUGGAAUUGACUAAACUGUGAGGGAGAAAAAUGCAGAACGGUCACAGAAGGAGCUGAUUUUAGAUUCAUUCUGUAGGUCAAGUAAGGAACAGUAAGUUCUGCUGAACGGAUUUAAAACCAAACCUGGCCACACAACUUUAGUUUACGUUCACUUAAUUUUCACAAGCGGUGUUAUUGUUUUUAAAGCUGUUGGCAUUUCGUGACAAUUUGAGUUCUUCAUGCUAUGUUUUGGUGUUGGUGUUUUGACAAAUGGUCUCAUGAUUCAGUGACUAGAUAGAUAGGUCACAUGCAACCAUAUUGAAUAAUGCAAUCAAAGCCUUGGGUGUGAUAACUAAAGCCUUCCUUCCUAAUGGAUAUCCCUCUUCCUUGCUUACAAAUGGAACUCCUACAAAAGAAUGCCUUUUUAAGAGGUCUGUGCCAUAACAGCCUGCCAGCAGACCUGCAGUAUGAUAACACAAGUGAACUGUAUAGAAUAUCAACCUUUGCAAAAUUCCCUUCUACUGCACCAGUGACUGAAAGAAGUCUCGCCCGCGCCGGGUUUUAUUACACCGGUGUCGUGGAUCGAGUCCAGUGCUUUCGCUGCAACGUGACUGCUGAAAACUGGCAGUCGGGAGAAUGCCCAGCAGAAAGACACAAGCAGCUGUCUCCCAGUUGCACCUUCAUCCAGAGUUUACCUUCCACUGCAAACCUCCUGUCCUCCUCUCAUUCGGCCUUCUCUCCUCCCCGCAACGUUACGGUAAAUGUGUCUGUAGUGGCCUCAGCGGUGAACCAGGCGGACGAGCAGGCUGGCUACCUUAACAUGGGCUUCGGGAACCUCGCCCCUGCCAGCCCACUCACGUCUCGCGGCGUAGAGGACGUAUCCCAUCAGCGGCCCUCCGCUUGCAAUAAUCCCAACAUGCGGCGGGAGCAGGAUCGUCUAGACACCUUCCAAAACUGGACCGUUACCACGAUCACCCCUACCGAGCUCGCCAAAGCCGGUUUCUACUAUCUGAACCAGGGCGACAGAGUGGCGUGCUUCAGCUGCGGUGGGCAUCUCAGCAGCUGGGAGCCCGGAGACAGGGCUGUGUCUGAGCACCAGAGACACUACCCACACUGCCGAUUUGUGAAAGGUGACCGAGCCGAUAACCUACCCAUCGGCUCAGCUGGAGGUCUCGCCAAUAUCUCAAACCCAGCCAUGCAGCUGUGUGACGAAAGGCUUCUCACGUUCGUCAACUGGCCCGCGAGAAUACCAGUCCGACCGGAUCAGCUUGCCAAGGCGGGCUUCUACUAUGUUGGUCGUAACGAUGAUGUGAAGUGCUUUUGUUGUGACGGAGGAUUAAGAUGUUGGGAAUCUGGAGAUGAUCCUUGGGUAGAACAUGCCAAAUGGUUUCCAAGGUGUGAGUAUCUGUUGCAAGAAAAGGGCCAAGAGUUUGUCCACCAGAUCCAAGCUAGAUUUCCAAGAUUGUUCGAACAGCUGCUGACCAACGGAGAUUCAAGAGAAUUUGUUGAUCCACCAGUUGUGCAUCUGGGUCCAGGAGAAGAACGUUCAGAAGAUGCCGUAAUGAUGAACACACCGGUGGUCAAGUCCGCGCUGGAGAUGGGCUUUGACCGUAAUUUGGUGAAACAGACGGUGCAGAGCAAAAUCCUCACCAGUGGAGAAAACUACAAGACUGUGCAGGAGCUGGUGUCUGAUCUGCUGAGUGCCGAGGAUGAGAAGAGAGAGGAGGAACGGGAACUUUUCGCAGAGGAAAUGGCAUCAGAUGGAUUUACUUUCCUUAAAAAGCAUCACGCAGCUCUGACACAACGUCUAAAAAGCGUGCAGAGUCUGAUGGAUCAUCUGCUGGAGGAGAACGUCAUUUCACAGAAGGAGUACGACACCAUACGCAACUGUGCUACAGUCAAGCUGCAAACCGGCCAGCUUAUCGAUUUGGUCCUGACGAAAGGGAACGCGGCAGCCGAGGUUUUCCGCAACUGGAUCAAAAAGAACGACGUGUACCUCUUACGAGAGCUAAUGGCCCAGACAAAUGAAGCCGCAUCACCGAGUCAAGAUCUUUCAGACCUGCCGAUGGAGGAACAGCUUAGGAGACUGCAGGAGGAGCGUACGUGUAAAGUAUGCAUGGAUAAAGAAGUCAACAUUGUCUUUAUUCCCUGUGGGCACCUAGUGGUGUGUAAAGAAUGCGCCCCAUCCUUACGAAAGUGCCCCAUAUGUAGGGGCUUGGUCAAAGGCACUGUGCGCACAUUUUUAUCCUAAACUGAAUUUACAAGGACUUUUUUCGGCAUCUAUAAAAACAUAUAUGUGCUUUAGGGGUGUGUGGAUUAAUACAAUUCCUGACGCUCUACGUCAGUUUAGAUAAAAGCAUCUGCUAAGUGCUGUAAAUUUGCUAUUGAUAACUAAACACACAGAAUUGAUGGUCAAAAUGAAACUAAAACCUCCAGAUGAUAGGAAAGGAAAAAUGCAAAUGUGAGGUAUUUAAAAUUUGUGGACUUGUAAAGUCCUGUUGCACUAAUCAUUAAUAAACAUACUAGUCUGAGUUUACAA